UGGUCGCGCACCCUGCGCUGGAGGCAGACACCUCCUCACAGCCGGAGAGAGAAACCCGAGGGAGCUAAAGUGAGGUAUUAAAGGAGAAGAAGUGUGCAAAUCAUAGAGCACUUCCCCACCACAGCACUUGACAGUCUGGGAGUUAUUUCAUUGCAAGUGAUUUUUCACCGAGUCAUCAACAGUUCUCACCAUCAUGAGGAAGAUCACGGUCAGACACUUGUUGUGCCUCUUCCUGCUUGCCUUCCCGCUGUCCUGGGCAGAGGACACGAAGAAAGAUGUGAGAAAGACUGAGAAUGACACAGUUUGGAGCCAAGCAAGGACCAGACGACUUUUUGCCAGGCGAAAGAUUUCUCCACCGCAGGAAAGUCAAGCUCCUAAACACAGGUCAAACCACAUGACCCCUGCACGUCGCUGCGGCCGCCUGAUGGAAAGCUGCUCCGCAUACGUCCCGUGCUGCGACCCCUGUGCCUCCUGCCGCUGUCGACUCUUCAACACCAUCUGUCACUGCUGGAGGAUCAACCCCCUGUGCCUAAAGAAGACGUAGUUGAACACAUACAUACAGCCCAGCAGCGGGACAGUGAUAGACAUACUAUAUAAAUAGAGAAAUGCACACAUGCUGCCCUCUGGCCCGUCAGGGCAGUUCGGAGAAUAUUAUCAUGAAGAAAAAAAAAAAAAAUAACUUUCCAUUUUCUUCAACACUUGAGUGAUGGAGGGGGAGAUGAGAAUGAUGGGGUGAAGCCUGUGUUUUCUUGUGUCAGUCUUUAUUAGAUGCUUUGCAUUAGAAAAAUACUCUGAUCAAUGUUUACAGAACAUACAGUAUGUACUGUAGGUGCAACGAAGGAUGAGCGACAGAAGCUUUUUCAUGUAUGUAGACACGUGUAAACUCUGUUUUGUGCCUUGGGCAUUUCCCACACUAUCGCUGCUUUAUCACUCCUGCCUUGUUAAACAUGUGGGAACCCAUAACAACCAGAUUUACAUUAGAACAAAUAUUUCUUUUUUUUCUCACUGCUCUACAGACGAAAUGUGAAGGAAAAAAAGGAUAAAUAAAUUCUGUUCCUAUGUGAAAAUAUGCCUUGCAGAAGAGAUACGUCCCAAAAUGUAGAAUUAUUAAUUAUUCACGUGGAUCUAUGAGUUAAACUUACUUUCUAUUUUUGCUAUUGAAUAAAUAUAUCAUAAGCCAAUAUUA